UAAAACACGAGAAAGCCACUAUGUAAAAAUGUCACUGAUGUUCAUUAUUUACCAUUUCUAUUUGGUCUUUAGUUUGUUGGUUUUAUUCUCUUUUUUAAAUAUUUAUAUUUAAUAUUAAAAAAAAGUGUGGGCACCCCUGCUCAUACACAGGACUUAAAAAAUGGGCCCGCUUCACCUGUGGCAGUAUUUGAAACGUAGCCCAGUUUCGCGGGAAAACCGCGGACCUGGCAACCCUACAUUUGUACUGGGCAUGUCUCAACAUGCUGUGCACUUGUCUAAACAUCACUUCAUACUGUAGUUACACACAUUUGAUAAUGUUUGCCAGCUGGGUGGAGCCGCGUUGAUAUAAAGUGAGAUACAGCCCUAUGAUUGCAUUGAAAAUAAACAUGUCAGGAAGCGGUAGAAGCGGGAAGACGAGAGCCGCAGCAAAGAGCCGCUCCUCCCGUGCUGGGCUGAAGUUCCCUGUCGGUCGUGUCCACAGGCUGCUCCGUAAGGGAAAGUAUUCCAAGCGUGUGGGAGCCGGAGCCAGUGUGUACCUGGCGGCUGUGCUGGAGUACCUGACUUCUGAGGUGAUGGAGCUGGCUGGUAACAUGGCCCGUGACAGCGGGAAGAGACGUAUCAUCCCCCGAUACCUACAGCUGUCUGUCUGCAUUGACCCGGAGCUCAACAAGUUACUGAGACGAGUGACCAUCCCCGAGGGCGGCGUGGUGCCCUAUCUAAAUCCUGCUCUGUGGCCAAAGUGACAAACUCGUCAGACGGAGGGUUUGAGCGAUAUGUUGUGGUAUUUAAUAUGUGACUGUGGCAGAGAAGAAACCCAGCGGCUCUUCUCAGAGCCACUUCAAUGGUUGACAUUUCCUGAAGAUGAUCAGACUCAUUCCUGCGCCAUGUAUGCACAUCAGCUAUGACUAAUGACUUAUUUCAUCUGUCUGGGUUGAGAUAAACUCCUAACUGAACGAGGAGUGUGAGAUUGUGAGCGGGAUGUACGUUAAUGUCCAUGUGAAAGCACUGCUGCCCUGAAGGAAAUAAAAGUCUAGUUACUUUA